AUGUCUGCCGACGAUCCUUUCUCCUUCGUGGAUACCGAACGCAAACCGGCGAGCAAGAAGGCGCAUUGGAGGGAUAAACUAUUCUCACGGGACAAGCCCAAGAAUACUGCCGACCAGCAGGUUGAGGCGUUUCUGGCCCCUGUUCGCUCAAAGUCCCUAUCCCAUGGUGGGCACUCGGUGUCCACAACUCAAAGGGAAAUCCCCGCGCCUCCUCGUUUAGAUGUAUCCCAGCGGUGGCCGUCACAUGAGUCUCAAACCGUAUCACCAAUCUCCGGCUCAUCACCCCCAUUCGACGCCCAGUUACCAGCUGUUCCCACACUACCGCCGCUAAAGAUCCGGAAAAACAAAGGGCUGAGAGUUAAAUUUACCGACGGCGCCCCCGUAUGCAUCGGUGAAGGCGGGGACGAGUCUGAGGAACCAACCAUUGAAAUAUCGUUGAACCGGAAUCGUAGCUAUAGUGAGAGCUCAGGUCGAUUGGAUGGUGCCGACAAUUCCCAGUCCGGAGGUCACCAACUCCGACUAGACACAUCGCUCAGUGACGGUGGUAGCCAAGGAGGCCGGACGCCGCUGCUUAUCAAGAACACGCAAGAUGCUGAUUUCCUCAUGGCAUUGAAUUUGGGCGAAAGUGGUUCACGCUUGUCUUUUAGGGCAUCACCAGGGGCUGAUUCUGUUGCCCAACGUGUCCGGGCCAAGAUGGAGGUCGAGGAAGGACGUGCGCUGCAGCAGAAGUACGAAGAUCCUACCUCUCCGAACGAGCGUACUCCAGAGAGCCCUACUUCAUUAUAUGAGACACCCCAGAUCACCGAACCGGAACCAGCAACUCCCCCGAGUCCGCUACGAACUCCUCCGAGCCCCCAAAAGCCGCGCCUCACGAACCCUGCUGAUGUCGUGCCUUCAUCUGGCCUGCCGCCUAUCGGGAACACAAAAACUCUAUCGCCUCCGAAGCCUGAACUGUUACGGAACGCCGCUAGUGAGGAUCUUCGUCCACCUAGUCGCGAGAGUCCCCUCAAGUCCGCAAGUCCGCAACCACCAAAGUAUUCGCUGCGCUCUAUUGCAAAUCAAUUCGGGGAAGUGGCUUUUGUUGAGUUCAAGGAGCAUGUAGGACGGUAUAAAGACGUGAUUGAAGCUUCAGCUGAAAGUGCCAAGCCUUUGAUGGAAACGUCUCUCACAGAGUGGGUGAGGGCUGGGGUGUGGUGGUUUAUGCGCGGAAAGAAACGAUUAGAGGCGUACGCGCGUUCGCGUUCACGGCCGGAUUCCCGCUCGUCUCCUGAAAUGGCACAGCAGGCUGUGGUCGAUCUCGCCAAGGCGCUGUGGAUCAACGAGACCAUCGUCCCCCAGCACCCGGAGGUAACUCGUUACGGCGCAAUGAGCAUUGAUGCGCUAAUUGCAGUUGUCAGUACUACGGGCGAUAAGCAGCUGGCGGACCUUCUGGGGGUGUAUCAAUCCGUGUUGAGCCACUUGCGGUCUCUGACAGUAUCUAUUAAGCGAAACAAUAUCUUGUCUGCCGUACACCCGGAGACUCAAUGCGACACAAGUGUAUGGGUUAGAUAUCCGUUCUUUGCCCAGGAUGUGUCCGCCGUCCUUUCUGGGGCGACGUCGAGAUCCAUGUUGCUGGACAACAGUGGAAAAGGCCCGACCUUUGUGCAGAUGAUGCCUCUCGGUGACAACAGCCGCCACUUUAGCUACGGGAAUAUGUUUGUUGACGUAUCUGUCAGCUCGAGCGAGGACGACGAUCAGCAGUUUUCCAUGCCUUGUGCACUGUCUAUUAUCCGUGACCGUGCGGACUGGUAUGUACUCGCCGCCAUCACCAGCCAGAGUGACCUAGUCAAUGUGAUGAUUCAGCCGGACAAGAAGAAGGGGCCGACGUGGGAUGACGUUAAUUGGCAAGUCCGGACGCACUCGAUGAGGGUCAAACUGCCUCGUGGAUUUGAGCUGGAUGUCAUGUUUAAGGAAGACGAUUUCAAAAUGCUUUGGAACAUUGUCAACUACACACUGAAAACAGAGGCUAGCCUGCAGCCAGAAGCCGGUGAAUCAGUGAUAUUUGAGUGUACCUUGAAGCAGUUCCAGUAUAUGGAUCCUGGGACGCCAAAGGCUUUCCCUCCAGAGGCGAUUGAGCGUUGUCGCGUUCGGCUAUUCGAACGGUCGGUGACCGUGACCGAGGGAACUGGCACUCGAAGUGCUCACCGUGGUUUCCGCAUCUCAGUUCUGACGACGCCCAAAGUAAAGACCCUGAGCAGCGUGCGCCAUAUCUUAGGGCAUGGAGCGCCGGUACUGUUUGGGCUCCUACGUGGCGAAGAUGGAGCACCGGCCCUCGUUCUUAAGGUGAAUGAAGAUGGCCGCAGUCGGUCCAUGUUGAUGACCUUCCAAGAAACUCGCGAGCGGACCAAUCUUCACUCGCUACUUCUGGCCAUGUUGCCUAAGCAAAGAGAGUUGAAGGUGGCGGACAUUCCUCUUCGUGCCUAUACCAUCGAACAGCCGGCCGACCGGUUCAACGGCCAACCGCCAAAACAACAUCUCCAAUUUCCUGCAGGUACCGUCUGCGUUAUCGACCAGGAACAUGACUAUGUUGAGCACGGCUACGGCCCAACCGUGCUAUCCGAGCAUCUGCGGGCAUUCAUUGCGUCGGAGUGGGGAUCUGUCACGGAUCGGCUUAAUCUUGGUCCUGGUGAACUGAAACUGGGUCUGGAUAUCAACAAUCGAACCGGCCUCAGCCUGUAUAGACCGGCGCAGCAAGACUUGACUGUAUCAGCGGCUGAGAACCUCAUUCCACCGGAGACGCAAGACAAGCUGGCAGAUUUUCUGCAAAUCGCCAUGACUAAGCCGAUGAUCCGGAGAUUCGAUUUCAUGACAGUCAAAGGGCUGCACGAGUUCGAAAAAGCUGUCACGGGCUUUACAGUGCUCUUCGAUAGUGUCGCUUCCUCCUUCAUGAUCUCGCGACGCCGAAUGGUGGUCCCCAUCACCAAGAAAUGGGAGUCGACCAUGGCUCGAAUCCAGAUUGUCCGUCAGGAUAAGGUGGUCCAGCUGCUAGCAUUCCUCAACGACUUUAGUCAUGGAAAGUGCUUGAACUUUGUUCUGAAGAGCACCGACAUUAUCGAAGCCUUCAAUCGCUCUGGAAAAUACGGAGUCCGCAUCGUCGAUGCCAAGUUCGCGUUGCCAAAGACCGACGACGACCCGUCUUCUGAUUUUGUCUGUCUCGAUAUGCCCGAGUAUCCUAGCGAACAUGAUGACAUUACCAUCGCUUUUGACACUGAGGCUGACCGAUUCAAUUUUCAAUCGGCGGCGCCGGGAUCAGUCCGCGAGCCCUCCAGAAUGGGCUCCCUGCGGCGGUAG